AGUUUUCCAAUCAGCUGCUGAGGGAUGAUGGUGUUGAAUGCUGAACUGAAGUAUAUGAACAGCAUUCUGACAUAGGUGUCUUUAUUGUCCAGGUGGGUGAGAGCCAGGUGGAGUGUGGUAGAGAUGACGUCAUCUGUUGAGCGGUUGGGGCAAUAUGCAAAUUGCAGUGGGUCCAGUGAAGGAGGAAGCUGGUCUUUAAUGUGCCUCAUGACAAGCCUCUCGAAACACUUCACGAUGAUUCGAGGUCGUUUCUAUCGGUGCACAGACGAGGCCAAACACACACCAGAAGAGUGCAAGGGCACGUUUGUAGUGUAUAAGGAUGGGGAUAUGAAUCACCCCAUGGUAAAGGAGAGAUUUUGGGUGAACAGUGACUUCAACUUUGACAACGUGAUGAUGGGGAUGCUAGCACUUUUCACUGUCUCGACAUUUGAAGGCUGGCCCCAUGAUGCUAACUAGCAAAAUAAGAGAGGAACGUCACAUCAGCAUG